AUGUAUGCAUCAACAUGUGCUUGUAAAGGUAUUCGUUCAUGUAAUCUUUGUCAACCAACGAAAGAUCAUGUCCUAGAUGAAUUUCAAUCAUAUACAACUUAUAUUUAUUGUGAUUCAUGUCGUCAAGCAAUUCGUAUGAAUAUCUAUGAAUCAAAUGCUCAAUGUCCACAUCAUAAUGAUAUUGGUAAUGAUGAAAUAGGUUUUCCAUUAGAUGGAAUUUAUCUUGUUUCGGAUUUUAUAACUGAAGAUGAAGAAAAUAAUUUAAUCAAUUCAAUUGAUAAUGAUAUCUGGCUAACAUCCCAAUCAGGUCGUUUAAAACAAGAUUUUGGUAUAAAAAUAAAUUUUAAAAAACAAACAAUAAAAACAAAAUAUUUUACUGGUAUGCCAAUGUAUUCGAAAACAUUUAUUGAACGUUUACAAACACAUCGUUUAUUAAAUGAUUUUCAAUCCGUUGAAUUAUGUAAUCUAGAUUAUUGUUCACAACGUGGUUCACAUAUUGAUCCACAUAUUGAUGAUAUAUGGAUAUGGGGUGAACGUUUAAUAACAAUAAAUUUACUUUCAAAUACAAUACUUUCAUUAAUACCUAAUGAUAAAGAUACCAAAAAAAUUAUUUAUAUUCCAUUACCACGUCGUUGGAUGAUUGUACUUUAUGGUGAUGCAAGAUAUGAAUAUAAACAUGCAAUACAACGACAACAUAUAUCGGAAAGACGUAUAGCUAUUACAUUUCGAGAAUUAACAGGAAAAACGGAAACAUUUUCUGUUGAAAAUAAAGAUUUAUAUGAAAAAAUUAUUCGUAUUGGUAAACGUUUUACAGGAAUAUCUGUUGGAAGAUUUGAAAAAAUUGUUAAUGAAAUUAAUUCAAUGAUAAAUGAUAAAAUGGAAACUGAUACAUUAUCAUUACAAGAAGAUCAAUUAAAGGAAUUAUUUGAAUCAACUUAUCAAACAAAAAUAUCAUCAUUUGAAAUGAUUAAUCCAUCGACUUAUGUAAUCAAUUCGGAUAAGAAAUAUCUUAUAAAAUUAUUUCCACAUUCAAUAAUUUCUCUUGAACAAUUACAAACAAUUUUAUCAUCAUGUCAAUUAAAUGAAACAAUUCUUAAUACAUCAAUUAAUCAAUCUCAUAUUAUUAUUAUUAAUUAUGAUAAUAAUUUAUCAACAAAUAAACAAAUGGGUCAUUUUUUAGCACAAUGGCGUUUAGCUACACGUAAUAUUCUUAAAUCAUCUUUUGAAAAUUCUCUUAAUGAGCAAUGGUUUAAUCAACAAUAUGCGAUGAUUAUUAAUAAGAAAAAGAAUAGUUAUCCAUUUUUAUUAUCAAAUUUAUUUACAUGUCAACAACAAAUAACUGAUCAAUGUGAAUAUGGUCUUUUAUGGACAGAUAAUUCUCAAUCAUCUUAUCUUAUGGAUUUAGCAUCCAUAUUUUUAAAUGAUAUGGAUAGUAUUAAAGAAAUAUUUAAUGCCUAUGAAGAAAUUGUUCAAUUAAAUGAUAAUGAAAUCAAUUUAUUAGAUACAUUUGUUCGUUUACAAUUGAUCUUAUUAAUAAAUAAUAAUGAUAUUGAUGAUGAAAAACAAUUAGAUUUACUUGAACAACUUUCAUCAAAUAUUUUUUUUGUUCGAAAUCUAGUCAGAUGA